ACAUUAAACAAACCAGCCGUCAUGUUCCAGCAUUUGUGAGUGAUGUUUGUGACAUACGCCCAGAGUCAGCCACUUGCAACGGUGUUCCCGCACCUCGGCAGCCAGGGGUAGAAGUCUCCAAUGUGGAUCUUCGAACCGGGGGAACCGUACCACGCACUUUCCACUUUGAGACGGCGAUGAUAAGGAUCGUGGCACGUUUCCACUGUGCUUUUUUGCGUCGCGGGCAUGACUCCUCCUCAUCUUCCUCCACUCCUCUCUUCCCCGCCACGCCGACACGAUGCUGAAGAGCGCGCUGGGUCGGGAUUCCGAGUCUGAGGCGCGAGAUGAAGACGAGCAACAGCAAGGCAUUACCAGCGCGGAAGAAGAAGAUAGGGUUGAGGAAGAGUGGCAGAGCACGAUCAAGCUCAAAGUUGACCUGCGAUUAUGCAGCAUCGCGGGUGUUCUGUGCAGUUUGAACUUGCUCGACUCCGGGGUGAUCAGCUCGGCGUCUGUCACGUCGAUGCUGGGCGAUUUGGAACUUGACGUCGGGAAUAGGUACUCGGUGUCUAUCUUCAUCUUCACGAUUGCGAGUAUCGCGUUUCAGCUGCCGUCGACGAUUGCGGUGAGGAUGUUUGGGCCCAGGGUCUGGUUCAGCUUUAUCACUGUGUGCUUUGGCGUUAUCACGCUGUGUACUGCGUUUGUGCAGACGUGGAAGCAGAUGAUCGUACUGCGGAUUCUGCUGGGUAUUGCUAUGUCGGGGAUUUAUCCGGGCCUGACGGUUCUCAUAUCGACGUGGUAUACGAGGAAAGAGCAGCAGCUGCGCUUCGCGUUGAUGCAGAGCGGGGAGGUCAUAGUGCUAGCCACAGGCGGGAUCGUCAACUACGGACUCAACAGACUGGACGGCAAAGGAGCGCUGAAGGGCUGGCAGUACAUGUUCGUCGUACAAGGCGGCAUCACAAUUUCCCUCGGCAUCCUCACAUACUGGUGGAUGAUCGACUUCCCCGAGCACGCCCACAAUUCCUUCCUCUUCCUGACCCCCCACGAGAGCGCGCUCGCCGCCUCACGCAUACACAAGGACCGCGGCGACGUCGCGCCCGACGCCUUCACGUGGCGCAAAGUCCUCGUCCACGCCAAAGACCCCAAAGUAUACGGCUUCUGCACGCUGUCCUUUUUGCAGAACCUCGUCUCGACAAGCUUGUCUUACUUCCUGCCCAUCAUCCUGCAGUCCGGAAUGGGUUUCUCGCCCAACGCAUCGAUAUUGCUCUCCGCGCCGCCGUACUACUACGCCGUUCUCCCCGCUAUCCUCUCCUCGCUCGUGGGCGAUAGGUUUCAGCUUCGCGCGCCUGUUAUUGCGUUUAAUUCGCUCUGCUUGAUUGUUGGGUUCUGCAUGCUUGGCUUCUCGGAUCAGGUUGCUGUGCGCUAUGUGGGCACGUAUCUGGCUACGGGGGCGUAUGUGGCGAAUUGGGCGGCCAUGGCGACGUAUCAGGCGAAUAAUGUGGUGGGCUUGUGGAAGAGGGUGUUUACUGCUGCGGCGGUUACGGCGUGUAAUGGCGCUGGGGGCAUUGCGGGGAGCUUUAUUGUUAGGCAGGGGGAGGGCCCGAGGUAUAUGACGGCGAUUUGGGUUAGCAUUGGGUCGCAUGUUCUGAUUAUUGGGAUCCCCAUCGACAAAGACAUCCGCGUCUCACAUCCCACAGCAGCAGUACGAGCAUCGCCCCGCAUCCGCGCCUGCUCUCGCUGCCCCGAAUCCUCUCACGCCGCCGCCCGCAGACGCCCAGGCGAGCAACACCGGCGCCGCGUCGAGCCAGCCGUGCCCCUGGCCACCCCUCGAGCACCACACCCCCGUGGCCCGCCGCCGAGCGUAUGCGCGUGCAUCGUCGCCCACAACCCGGCCCAGCCCCUCGACCCGCGUGUGCUGAAGGUGCGCCGCGCCGCCCGCCGCCGCCAUGGUGUUCCUGGGCAUCUACCGGGCCGUCGCUCGGCCGACGACGACUGGUGGAAGGCGAAGAAGAAGGGCCACAGCGAGGACGAGGACGAGCCCGAGGGCCUGAUCCCGAGCAACUACAUCGAAGAGGCCGCGCCCGUCAUGCACGCCAAAGCCCUGUUCGACUACGCCCGCCAGACGGACGAGGAGCUGUCGUUCAAGGAGGACGCCACCCUCGACGUCUACGACACCACCGACCCGGACUGGACCCUGGUCGGGGCUGACGGCGACUACGGCUUCGUGCCCGCCAACUACAUCGAGCUCAUUGAGGGCAGUGAGACCGCGCCCGCCGUCGCCUCGCCGUCGCUGCCUACCCGCCCCGCCCUGCCGCCGCCUGCGCCAGAGUCCGACGACGAGCAGCAGCCCAACACGCCCGACAGCCCGCCACGCCCGAGCCCCGCCGCUGCCCUGGCCGGCAUCAUCCAGAAGAAGUCGGAGCAGUCGGUCCCGCGCUCGACCAUCUCGCCUCCGCCCAACGUGAGCGCCCCCGCCCGCCGACGCGUGCAGUUCACACCUGAGGAGUCUGACGAGGAUGUGCCGGCGCCUCGCGUGCCCAACCGAGCACCCUCCGCGUCCUACUCCCCUCCGCCUGCCCAGCCCAGACGCGCGCGGUCGCCCUCACCUGCAGCCAGGUCGCCCGUGCCGCGAAACGUCACCUUCGACACGUACGACCCCCAGCACAGGGACGACCCUGCGCCGUCGACCCCCCUCUCGGGCUCGGGCUACCACCUGUACAACAUCUACGAGUACCUGACGCAGCCGGGCAAGAACAAGAAGAUGCCCAUCACGCUGGGCAUCAACAUCCCCAAGGGCAUGAUUAUGAUUGCUCCUGAGAAGUCGCGCGACGGGCCGCAGCAGGAGUGGAGUGCAGAGAAGAUGGAGUACUACUCGCAGGAAGGGAAGCAUAUUUUCAUGGAGCUCAAGCAGCCGAGCAAGAGCGUCGACUUCCACUGCGGCGCAAAGGACACGGCGACAGAGAUUAUGUCGGCGCUUGGAGAGCUGGCAGGCGCCGCCAAGGGCGCUGGCCUGCGCGAGGUCCUGGCCGCUGGCUCGGGAAGCUCCAACGUGCAGAAGAAGGGCGUUAUGCUGUUCGACUUCAUGGCCCAGGGCGACGACGAGGUCACAGUCGGUCUUGGCGACGAGAUCCUUGUCCUCGACGACUCGGCGAGCGAAGAGUGGUGGAAAGUGCGACGACUGAAGAACGGCAAAGAGGGCGUGGUACCAGCUAAUUAUGUAGAGAUUACAGAAAGCGCCCACAUCACGACUCCCGCCGCCCACACGACGCGCUCCGACCCCAAGGCCAUCCGCUCCAUCGUGGACCAGAACAGGCGCGACGAGGAGGAGCAGGCUCGUCAGGCCGCGAGGCGGAAGAGACCGGAUAGUGAGGCAAGGACUGAUCAGGUAGGACCUGGCCUGCCUCUGCCCUCGCGUGGUUCGAGUCUUAUGCAAGCAAAUGUUGACCAUCGUCGUACUUCACAGAGAUCAAGCAAGCGCGAAAGCUCCUCCAAGGACGGCAAGUCUUCGUCUAAGCCGAACCCCGCCCGAGUGCGUACCUGGACCGAUCGAUCAGGCUCGUUCAAAGUCGAGGCCGAAUUCGUCACCAUCAAGGACGGCAAGAUCCACCUACACAAGACCAACGGCGUCAAGAUUGCCGUGCCCGUCACCAAGAUGUCGGUCGAGGAUUUGGAGUACGUGGAGCGCGUGACAGGCGAGUCUCUGGACGACGAUAAGCCUCUUUCAGAGCUCAAGAGGAAGGGCACUCAGCGUGCCAAGGAGACUUCCGGGUCGCCUGCUGGUCGAUCGCCUACUGGAAUCUCGGUGCAGAAGAAGCCCGACUACGACUGGUUCGACUUCUUCCUCAAGUGUGGCGUCAACCCGCAGAUCUGCGAGCGGUAUGCUCAGGCUUUUCAUAAAGAUCAGAUGGGUGAGGAGAAUAUGCCGGAUGUGACUCCGACGCUUCUGCGUACGUUGGGUCUUAAGGAAGGGGAUAUUCUGCGUGUGACGAAGUAUCUGGAUAGCAAAUACGGACGCGACAAACGUAGCGUCAGCUUUGCGGAAGAAGGCGACGAAGCAAGUGCCGGUGGUCUCUUCUCUGGCCCAGGCGGUGCACUACGAAACAACACCCGGAAAGGACGCCCAGCCCCUCCUGUCCAGACGAACGACGUGGUCGACCCCAAGGCGUUCGUGCAGAAGACGGACGAAGCGGCCAAGAAGCCUGCGGAUUCUACGCCUACGCCUUUGGCAUCUGCUCCUGUCCCAGAAAGCAAGGUGGACGGAUUCGAAGACAAUGCUUGGGACGUCAAGCCUUCGAGAAGUGCGGCCUCACCACCUCCAGCGGCUGCUACGGCUCCCACCCCUGCGGCAAGACCACCCGUCCUGACAGGCUCCAUGAAUGAUCUCUCCCUCUUGGACAUGCCUGCACUCAAGCCAGACGAGAUAGCCCAGCCCGCACCUCCAGCGCCGGCCCCAAUAGCGACCCAAGCAACCGCCCAACCCGCACCAGCUCCAGCGCAGCAACCCCAGCCAACUGGCGCCACUCUGUCCCUGUUCGACCAAGUCGCCGCAAUCAAAGCCCUGACUCAACCCCAAAACCUGGCCCCGCCCCGAUCUCGACCCCAAGCCCCUCACCAAGGCCCAGGCGGUCUCAUCGCCCCGCCGCCCCAGCGCUCCUCCUCUGCCCCCCAAAACCCACAGCAGAGCGCCUUCGGUCCGCCCCCACCGCUCCAGCCCCAGUUGACGGGAUACGUCCAGAACCCCAACAUGCUAACCCAAGUCGCCCCGCCGGGCCAGAGCAUGCAAGACAUGCAAAACAUGCAGCGCAUGCAACAGCAGAUGACAGGCUUCCCCCAGCAACAACCCCCAGGCUACAACAACGGCUUCCCGCAAAACGGCAUGAUGCCCCAACCCACAGGCUUCAACCCAAUGCAACCCCAACAAACCGGCUUCCCGCCCUUCCAACACCCCCAACAAACAGGCUUCCCCCAGCAACAGCAGCAGCAGAUGAACGGCUUCCAGCCCCAGUCCUUCCAAAACGGAGGAAGUCCCUUCUCCGACCCGCCACGCGCACCCUUCCAGCCCCAACCCACAGGAUAUCCCACUUUCCAGCCCUCCCCCCUAAACCCCCAGGCUACGGGCGUAAACCGCUUCCUCCCCCCCGCCCUCGCUCCGCAACAAACGGGCUUCCAGGCCCCGCCCAUGCCCCCGAUGCCCCCUAUGCCCGCCAUGCCUGCAGCGCAACCCCUUGUUCCGCAGCGUACGGGUCCCGCGCCGGCUAUUAAGUUUGGGGUUCAGCCUCAGGCGAAGAAAUUAAUGCCUCAGCCUACGGGACGGGCGAAUUUGGCGAAUGCUACGCCGCAGAAUCCUUUUGGGUUUUAGGUUUUGGGAUCUGGGGGUUUAGGUGGAGGGUGAGGUGGAGGGGGGAGGCUGUAUAUAGAUGGCUUUUUGUAUUGGUAAUUUUGGGGAUGGGGAGAGGAGGGAGAUGGGAGAGGGAGAUGGAGUUUGACUUGGAGUUUUGACUUGUUGGCGUGGAUGUGGAUGUGGAUGUGCGUCUUAUACUAUUACUUAUUAUAUAGCAUUUUUCUCUGUUUUAUUUUACGCUUUUUGCUGUGUGGGUAUUUGCUUGGUUUUGAUUUGUCAUUGCGGUCUUUUCGUAUGCGUGUUUCUCUGAUGAGUGAGUGAGUGGUGU